AUUUCCGACGAUGACCGCAUGAGCUUAACUACAGCCGUAUCGGAUGAAGAUGAUGGCGAAAGUGUCAUGGCGUCACCAUAUAAAGCAAAAGCAACUGGUACAGCUGCCUCAUCAUUCAAUUGCACUGGAGCUGUACGUAAAGCUGGUUUCCUGUCGGUGAAAAAAUGGCUUUUACGCAAAAAACAUCAAAUCGAAUUGGCCCGUAAGCGGGGCUGGAAGGGUUAUUGGGUGUGUUUGAAGGGUACUACACUGCUCUUUUAUCCAUGCGAUUCGCGUGAGGGUCGCAGUGUGGAGGCGGCACCAAAACAUUUAAUUAUCGUUGAUGGUGCCAUCAUGCAGCCAAUACCGGAGCAUCCCAAACGUGAUUAUAUAUUUUGCUUGAGUACUGCAUUCGGUGAUGCGUAUCUAUUUCAGGCACCAUGCCAGGUGGAAUUGGAAAAUUGGGUUAAUAGCAUUCACAGCGCUUGUGCAGCUGCAUUUGCAAGACAUCGAGGUAAAACCGGAACAUUACAUUUACUGCAGGAAGAAAUAUUCCGUAUUGAAAAAGCCAUCGAAUCGGAUCACAAACUUAAACAUAUGGCCGAAUUGCAACAGUCGGUGGUUACCGAUCAGGAUACACGUCUACAAAUUCAAGGCCAAAUACUUCAAUGGGAAGAAAAUCUUGAACGUUUGCAUUGUGAACAAUUUCGUUUGCGCUGUUAUAUGGCCUCGUUACAGAGUGGCGAAUUACCAAAUCCAAAAUCACUACUUACACAUGUCUCACGCCCUACCAAAAAUACUCUCAAUAAAUUGGGCGUCUUUACGGUUUCCUCGUUUCAUGCAUUCAUUUGUGCCCGUUCACCUUCGUUACUUAAUAAUUUAUUGGCUGGUCGUGGCGCUACGAAACGUCGUCCACCCAUGUUGUCGCGUUCGAAUAGUGGUUCGAGUCGUCGUUCGAUGCAG